AUGGACGCCGCCGCUAGAGCAGACACAAGAACAGUCCACAUCCAUAAUGCCCCAACAGAAAAAGUGCUACCCAUCAGUGAUAAGAUGGCCAGGACAACCGAGAGGCUGGAGGCCGAUUUCUCCAAGGUGGAGGCCAAGAUCCUCAGGUUCCCCCACGGCCUGAGGGCUAUCGGCGGCGACGGCGACCGCUACAUCGUGCCGAGCGUAGUGGCCAUCGGCCCGUACCAUCAUGGCCGGCAGCACCUGCAGAAGAUGGAGGAGCUCAAGCUCGCGGCGGCCUACUGCUUCGUCUGCCGGGAUUCGGGGCGAUCCCCAGAACAUGUGUACGAGAAGGUCCUCUCCGUCGCCGGCGCCGCCCGCGGCUGCUAUGACACCGACGAUCCGUCGCUCACGGGCCUCUGCGACGCCGAUUUCGCGACCAUGAUGUUCCUCGACGGGUGCUUCCUGCUGGAGUACAUGGCCCGCGACACCUCGCCGGUGCUGCUGAACCGGAUGACGCAAUCUACGGGGCCCAGCAUCGAGAAGGACAUCUUCCUGCUCGAGAACCAGAUCCCCUGGCUGGUGCUCGAGGCCCUCAUGGUCACGGAGUUCAUGUCCACCGACGUGCACCUGUUCGUCGACGUUAUGGGAGCGAAGUUCCUCCCCGGAAGGGCGAAGGCGAAGGGCGGCUGGUGCGGACGAUGCAUCCCGGCGGCGCUGAGAAGGUGGACGGAUGAAAGCCGCGACGGUGGCAGCACUGGACAGUACAGGCCGCCGCACCUCCUCGGCCUACUCCGGUUCGCUCAGGUGGGCAGCAUGCCGGAGAACAAGGUCAUCAUCACGGGCUUCCCGUCGUCUCUGUCCAGCAGCGCCGUGGAGCUCGCGCAGAUCGGCGUCAGGCUGAGACAGAGCAGGGAGCCGUGGUGCUGUUCCUGA